AUGGCGACUCCAGAGAAGAAGGAGGAGCCCAAAAAGGUCACUCCAUUGCUCGAGCUGCCCAAAUGCUCCAAAGCUACUCCCUCACCUAACCCAGAUGAAUAUGGCGACAUGAUUACCAUUGUAGUCGGCUCCGCGGAGAACGUGCGCAAGUUCUAUACCUACCAAGGCCUUCUUGCCCACUACUCCACCUACUUCAAAGCUGCCCUCAAAGACGACUGGAAAGAAGGUACUCUCAAGACUGUUAACCUAAAGGACGACAAUCCGGAGGUCUUCAAAGCCUUUUUUCAUUGGAUCUACACCGGAAAGCUCUACUUCGCGCUCGACGCUUCAGGGAAAAUUCCUCUGAGUGAGCAGCUUAUUUGCGAGAUCUAUGUGUUUGGCGACGCACGCGGAAGUACCAAUCUCUAUAACGCCGCAAUCGACCUGCUUCUUCAGAAGACACAUCAGGAGUGGAAAGUCCCGUUAGACCAAAUCCCCUAUGUGUACGAAAACACCCUUCCAGGAUCAGCUCUUCGAAAAUAUCUUGUGGAUGACGUCGUCGAAACUUAUCGAUUCAGGAGGCUUGCCGACCCGACCCAGCGAGAAACUGAGUUACCACGAUAUCCCCAAGAAUUUCUUGCCGAGAUUGUUGUAGCAUUCAUGGCUCUUGGAUCGAAGCCGAUUCCAUCAAGCGCGGGUUAUGGAAACAUGCCUAUUGGCCAAGAUAACUGGGCAAAGUACAUCAAGCCUUUGCUAUGUUCAAGGUACCACAAUCACCCAGCCCCUCCGGCUUGA